AACAUACCUUUAGAAAAGUGAUGAAGCAUAUGUUUACCGUACCAAGAACUGUGCUUCGUCUUCAAUGCAAAAAAUGGAGCACCCUCACCAAUCACCAUCACGGUCAUCGACAAAACCACCACCUUUCACUCCCUCCAACUUUUGACCUAUCUCGUAUCUGCAGAAACCUCGACACCGUAAAAAAACUCCACUCUUCCCUCCUCGUCCACGGUCUCUCACCCGACACCAACAACAACCUCAUCUCCCUCUAUGCCUCCUUCGGCUCCCUCCACCACUCCCGCAACCUCUUUCACCUCUUACCCUCUCCAAAUCUCCACUCCUUCAAACUCAUCAUUCGUUGGCAUUUUCUCAAUGACAAACACUCCCACGUCGUUUCUUUCUACCAUCUCGCUAGACUCACCCUCGGUUUCUUCAACGACCUCGUUGUUUUCUCCAUUCUCCUUAAAACUUCUUCUCAGUUACGCGACCUUGUUCUCACUACAAGACUUCACUGCCAAAUUCUCAAAGCAAAACCUCCUGAUAGCUUUGUUCUUACUAGUCUAGUUGACUCCUACUCUAAAUGUGGUAAACUUGAUCAUGCACGCAAGGUGUUUGAUGAAAUACCUGAUCGAAAUGUUGUGUCGUGGACUUCAAUGAUUGUUGCUUAUGUUCAAAAUGACUGUGCUCAGGAAGGGUUGAUGUUGUUUAACCGAAUGAGGGAAGGGUUUGUUGAUGGGAAUUUGUUUACUGUUGGAAGUUUGGUUACUGCUUGUACCAAAUUGGGGUGUUUACAUCAAGGGAAAUGGGUUCAUGGGUAUGUUAUUAAGAAUGGGAUUGAGCUUAAUUCUUUUUUGGCGACUUCUCUUUUGAAUAUGUAUGUUAAAGGUGGUGAUAUUGGAGAUGCUCGUUCUGUUUUUGAUGAAUUUUCGAUUUCAAGUACUUAUGAUGGUGAUGAUCUUGUUUUCUGGACGGCUAUGAUUGUUGGGUAUACUCAGAGAGGUUAUCCUCAAGCUGCGUUGGAAUUGUUCACUGAUAAGAAAUGGUCUGGGGUUUUGCCAAAUUCUGUUACUCUUGCGAGUUUGCUCUCUGCCUGUGCUCAAAUGGAAAAUAUUGUUAUGGGAAAGUUACUUCAUGGUCUGGUAGUUAAAUAUGGAUUGGAUGAUACUUCACUUAGGAAUGCUCUUGUUGAUAUGUACGCUAAGUGUGGACUCAUUUUCGAUGGGCGUUUUGUGUUUGAAACUACGGUUGAUAAAGAUGUUGUGUCUUGGAACUCGGUUAUUUCUGGUUAUGCGCAGAGUGGUUCUGCAUAUGAAGCUCUUGAGAUCUUCAACAGGAUGAGAUUGGAGUUGUUUUUUCCGGAUGCAGUUACGGUUGUCGGUGUUCUCUCCGCUUGUGCUUCUGUUGGUGGUCAUCAAAUUGGUUCAUCCCUUCAUGCUUUUGCUUUCAAAUAUGGCUUGGUAUCCUCUAGUAUCUACGUCGGCACUGCGCUGCUUAACUUUUAUGCAAAAUGUGGGGAUGCAACGUCAGCUCGCAUGGUGUUUGAUGGGAUGGGAGAGAAGAAUGCUGUGACGUGGGGUGCAAUGAUUGGUGGGUGUGGCAUGCAAGGUGAUGGAGUUGGAUCUCUUGCUCUCUUUAGGGAUAUGUUGAAAGAGGAACUUGUGCCUAAUGAAGCGGUCUUCACAACUUUAUUAGCGUCUUGCAGCCAUUCAGGGAUGGUUGGAGAGGGAUUGAGGUUAUUUGAUUUCAUGUCUAAGGAGUUAAAUUAUGUUCCUUCCAUGAAGCAUUAUGCAUGUAUGGUUGAUCUCUUGGCACGUGCUGGCAACCUCCAAGAGGCAUUGGAGUUUAUAGACAAAAUGCCUGUUCAGCCCGGUGUUGGUGUGUUUGGAGCUUUUCUCCAUGGUUGUGGUCUUCAUUCCAAUUUUGAAUUAGGAGAAGUAGCAAUUAGGAGAAUGUUGGAGUUGCACCCUGAUGAGGCUUGUUACUACGUGCUCAUCUCAAACCUGUAUGCUUCGGAUGGAAGAUGGGGCAUGGUCAAGCAGGUGAGGAAGAUGAUAAAGCAUAAAGGAUUGAACAAGGUUCCAGCUGUCAGUUUAGUGGAGAUGGAUGUCAACAAUAAUACACAUGCCCGUGUAGCUGUUUGAUCAUAUCGCCUCUGUUCAUGAUCAUGUGAUCAUAAAGCCAAACUACCUGCUUAACAAGCGAUUGGACUGGUUUCAUGAUCACCCUGCCAGAGAUGUGCUGACUACUGAAAAUGAGUCAUGUAAAACUGGAGAUAGUCAUUUGGCAUACAACUUGAGGGGAUUGGCAGGCACUAAUAGGUCCGAGGAGGCCAACUGACCAAAAGGUCAGCACAAAGUUGUUAAAUGGCCUUGCUAAGCAAGGCUGGGUUUAGCUCGAGAUCUACGUAAAUUCAUGGAGCUUUCAUAAGCUCUACUUGAAGACUUGACUCAAUAAGAUUUUACCUAAUAUUAAAGAAACCUAUAAAUGAUGGGUUGGACUCCGUAAGAGAACAAUGACAACAUGGACAUGUACUUAGAGGGAUUAUCGAAGAGAUGAGAGAUAGAGUGAUUCAAAUGUGUUGUUGAAGAUAAUGAUAUAAACCACUUUUCUUGUGGGUUACUUUCUGUUUCACAGAUCUUAGUAAAUUUGUGUGUGAUGUUUGAUAUGUGAAUGCUAAUGGUAUCUUUGAUUUGGGCCUGUCAUUAAAACUGGGGGAAUGUUGGUUGUAGAGUCAUGCUCAACAAAUACUGGUUUCUACAAAAGUAGUGAAGUUCAAGUCAGUCUUUUCUGGUUGUCACAACUAUUUAUUUGCAAGAAUAUACAUUGACAGAUGACUCCAAAAUUUGAAGCUUCUGAAUAAUGCUAAUCUUUUCAUGCAUUGCCAAGUAAU